AUGAUGCCCGCCGGUGUACCACCUCAACCGCAGCAGCAAAUCGCGCCUCCGGUGACGACUGCCGGCCCUUCUACCGCGCCUCCUACCCAUUCUCCUACAGAAAUGGACUUGGACGACGGCGCAGAGGGUCGCAAAGCUAAGCGCGAAUUGUCACAAUCCAAGCGCGCCGCGCAAAACCGAGCUGCCCAGAGAGCUUUCCGUCAGCGAAAGGAAGGAUACAUCAAGAAGCUUGAGCAGCAAGUUAGAGACUAUAUGGAAAUGGAAGGACAGUACAAGACGAUGCAGUCAGAGAACUACGCGUUGCGCGAGUACGUGAUUCACCUCCAGUCACGCUUGCUCGAUCUUCAGACCGAGAUCCCUCAGCCGCCGCCCAAUGUCAACCUUCAGCAACCUGCGCUCCCGCCCCCUUCGGUCCCGACAAGUGGGCCUGAAGCUCCGCCCACCAAUGCGGGUGCUGGCCCUCUCGAAGCCGUUGCGCAGGCAGUGGCCGGUCUGCAGGCCCAGGAGCAGCUUGCGCAGAGAGACCAGUUCACAAGGCCCGAGGUGGUGACCAAGGAGGAGCCGCAACGUGAGCCUGAUGGACCUGUUGACCCAUCGCUGCCGGAUGGCCUUCCGGCUCCGACUGCGUCCAUGUGA